CUACCCUACCCUAGUUGAAAAUUCGUGCCUCGUGGUUGUUUAGAAAAAAGUUAGUUUGGUUUUGUUUUACAUCUCGUGUGUGUAUUGUAUUUCAUACUUGAGUACAUUUUUGAUAUUCUCAAUUUAUUAAAAUUGAAAUAAAAUGUCUGAAUCCAUGAGAGCAGCAACUGAAGGAACUACUGCCACUGAUGAUAGUGAUACAGAUGAUACAAUUAGUAGCAGCGACAUUUUUGAUUCUGAUUCUGACUACGAAUUAUUCGAUGCCUUACCCUGUCCGCCCCUACCGGUUUUGAAUGCUUUAAUUGAAGACGAUGAUGAAGUUGAAUGUGAACAACUUAUGACUGGUAUAGUUACCCAUAUUGCAAAGCUUAUUGAACCACUGCGUAAUGAGAGUGAGACCGAAACUCAGGAAAGUAAUGGUGAUGAAGAUGAUCUCGACUCUGUUAACGAUGACGAAACAAGUUCAAUCUCAUCUUCAGCUUCUUCUCAGUCUCCGGUAACAAAAGAGAUGGAGGACCUCACUGAUCGACUGCAGUCAAUCGUCAAUGAUUAUGGAGAAAGGCACAAAGAGAACCAGAAAUUUCGAGAACAACUUCUCGAAGUAUGGAAAAAAAAGUCCAGCGAGUUAGCUACGAUGAGAUCAGAAUACUUGGAAGUGCAGAGAGAAAAGUUGAAUAUGAAGCGGAUGCGCCUGGAUUUGAAAAUAGAAAAACAGGAGUUGAAGAGGAGGAAAUUAGCCGAUGCUUCGACUUCGUCUUCUGCAAUUUGAGUUAUUUAGUUUUAUAAACAUUGUUUGUAUCCUUCUAGUUUUAUUUUUAGUUUUACGAACGGUUGUUCCUUACUCCUUAGUUUUAGUUUUGAAAAUGAGCUCGUUUCCUUCUUUCUUCCUAUAUUAUUUCUAGUUUUGUAAUUUUAUACCUACGCGUAAGUGGACUUGUUAUAUUAUUAAAUACACACCCAUCUGUGGUAUGAAUGUAAUAAUAUGCUGUGUUCUUCAGUAGGUACUAUACUAAGAAUUGUUUUUUUGGUCACUUUUCAUAAGUGUAUUACCAAGGUACGUUUAUAUUUUUGGCGGAAUAAAGUUUUUUCUUUAGUUUUUUCAAAAAAAUGUUUUUAUUGCAAGAAC